CGAGAUGUGACGGAUUGUCGGGCAUUUUGGGUUUUUUGACGAGCUGCCCAUCUGCUUCCUCUCCUCGCCGCCCCAUAGGACCGUUCAGUGCGGGGCGCCUGCUAUGAAGACAUGUACAAGACUAUUAGUCGAUGUAUGCUACAAAGUGGACCGCAAGUUCAGCGGACUCGCACGCACCUGCGGCAUUCUCAUCAACACCGUCAACCGAUACCUGACCGAGGCGGUCAUCGAUCUGAGCAUCGCCAAGAUCCCCGAUGCCUUCCAAAGAGCCAGGCAUACGCAACCAAGAUAUACAGCAUCGUCAGGGUCAGCAAGAACGAGGCGGGAUGUCCAUCGAUGUGUGCGCACUCUGUCUGCAUGGCAUGCAGCUCGAUGAGAUGAUUGGCACGCAACUCACGAUACUCGAGGCCCACAUGGCGGAGCGAAAGAUGCUGUCCGACGUCUUCGCCGGCCUCAUGGCCAUCUACCACCCCGUCCUCUAGACACUGCCCACCGAGGGGGAAGACGGCUGUGUACGAGAGCCGAGUCGAGGAGCUGCGGCGGCUUCUGGUGGCCUACGAGCACGAACACGAGGACCAAGAGGCCGAUAGCCAGCUCUGCGCCACCUUGCCGUAAGCCAAUUGGAUACGAACAAAGGCAGAGAGAAAUGUCUGUCAUUUGUGUCCUUCUCUGUGUGUUGUGUGUUCUCUCUUCGUGUCUGUCAGUGAGUACGUGAGAGAAUCGUCCACCCAGGAGCACUCUCCUCCUGUCCCAUUUGGUCGAAACGGAGUCACCCAUCUCUUGCUGUGCUGUGUUGUGUUGUGUUGUGUUGUGUUGCAGGACCGAGCUCAACAAGAUGAAAUACGAGCUCGCCAGGCUCCAAGACGAGAGCGCACUGCACCGGUAACGCAGACACAUGUAAUUCAACAGUGUGCGCACGGUCAUCGCUGUGUGUUUCAUUUCAUCAGGGAGCUGGAGGCCGCCCGCAGUGAGCUGACGACAGCCUGCCGAGAGCACCACAAGGAGCUCAUGGAGGUCAAAUACGAGCUCUGGUUAGCUCCCACAACAAUGCACUCACGCAAGCUGACGUGGCGUCAUCCUUCCCUUGCUCUUUGCUUGUGUACUCAGGGGGCUGGAGGAGGCUCACCGCGACCUCAACGCCGCCAUGGAGCAGGCCACACGCAGCCACCAGGCGGAGCUGGAUGAGCACAAGGCCCAGUGCGAGUGAGUGAUAACGAACGACGAAACGACACAGCUGCAGCUGCAUCGUCCAUAGAUGGAUGGAUGGAUGGAUGAAUGUCCUGUCUGUGUUGUUGGUAUUCUGCCAACCGACAGGGAGCUGGAGAGCCGAGUGGAGGUCAAGAGCCGCCGGUGCAGAGAGCUGUCGGACGACGUCAACCAGCGCGACGACGCAAUCCGGUAGGUAUUGUGGCAUGCAUGCCACAAUUGUUGCCGACCAUUUCUGAGCACAUGACUUGUAUGCUGCUAUGCUUCACUGUGUGAUGGGUGCUUCAGCCGGCUGGUGCAGGAGAAGGGCGAGUUGGACAAGGCGUUGGCGGCCAAGACGCAGGAACUGGAGCGGCUGCAGACGGCCCAUCGGGGCGCCACCACAGCCACCAUGCGUCUUGCCGACGAGCUGCGCCUUGCCAAGGAGGAGGCCGCCGCCCUCCGCCUCGCCAGCAGCCUGCAGGCCCCGCAGCUGCGGCAGCUGCAGGGUGCCUGGAGCGGCCUGCAGGGUGUGGUGAGGCUGGCGAUGAGGGCGACCAUCGCCCGCCUGCAGGACCGUCUGGCUGAGCAAGACGAUGAGCUCAACGACGUGCAGGUGCGGUGGCUGGGUGGGGCAGAUCAAUACGCGACCAAUCCGCUCACGGAUGUGUAUUAUUCGUCUUUCCUUUUGCUCUCUGCAUGUCCGCUUCAGGCGUCGUUCCGUGCUGAGGUGGAGGAGCUGCAGGGUGCGCGCGAGCGGGAGGUGCAGGCGGUGCGUGGUGCCCUGCAGGAGACACGAAGCCAGCUCCGUGACACACGCAGUUCGCUGGAGGUCGAAAGGUCAGUCAGCUAAUGAGGGUAACACCACACGGACAGUACACACACCGAUUUAUCAUACCGCCCUUGUUUGGUCGCCAGGAUUGAGUCCGAAGAGACCAUCAGCAGCCUCCGCCAGACCGUUUCAGAGCAUCGACAGUUGCAGGUGCGUCCGUGUGGGUGUGGAUGCACCAAAGGGCGGGGGCAUGUCGGGAUGGGUGUGGCUGCUGGUGUGUCAUGUGUGUGGGUGCAGGAGUCCAAUGCCGAGGUGCAGGCGCGGCUACAGGAGCAGACCUCUCGCAAUCUCGAGCUGCAGAAAGCCCUCGACACGGCCCAGCAAGCUCGCACGCGGACGGCACUCGGCCGCCUCGUGUGUAGCCUGCAUCGCGCCAGGCUGAGGCGGAGCAUUGGGCAGUGGCAGCGAGAGGGCGCCCAUAGCACCAUCGUGCAGGGGCAGAGGGAGGGGGGGCUCCAGCGCAUCGCAUCGACCCUGAGAGUGGCUACACAUCGACACCUCUCAACGACAUUCACACGACUGCUCUCGCACGUAAGGCACACCACAGCACAACACGACACACACCAUGGGAUGUUAUCGAUGAAUGGAUGCGUGUGCCGCCUCACGGCCAGUCUGCCUCGCCCAGCGACGACCAGAUGGCAGUAGACAGUCAUGUCGGUGGGGGUGAAGGUGAUGAGUCGGUGCCGUCGUCAUCAGCACACGACCGUGCCGCGUUGCCCGAUGGACCCCCAGCACCGGUACGACAGCACCAGAGAUACACAAAUGAUAUAUGGCGUCAUGUCGCUGUGGCGUGUGGGUCAGAUGCAGAUGGUUGGCGUAUCCGAAGUACCCGUAGGCACGUCGCAUGCUCUCGACGACCACCUCCACCACCAGCAGCAGCAGGUACAGUACACCGAUAGUGAGAGGCCAGGAAGGCGCCAUCAGAUGCGCACGUCUGUCUGUCUGUCUGUCUUGUGCCAUGCAGAGUGUUGUUUCCAUAGUGGCCAUGAUGGGGGCCCAGCCGGGCCCUGAGAUGCCCAGCGGACAUCCGCCGUCUGAUGCGGCAAUGGUCGGUCCAUCCGCACAGUCGUCAGAUGGGUGGACUGAGAAAGACGAUGAAGAGUGGAAUAAGGGGCUACAAUCGCUCAACGAUUUCCAGGCGCCGGGCAUGCUCACUCCCCCUGCCCCGCCACCACCUCCACCUCCACCCCCACCUCCGCCACCUGUGCCGCCCCCUCUGUUUCACCCACCCAUUCACGGCGUUGCCUUUCCACGGCCGCCGUUCGUUUAUCCCCGCCCCCCUUUGGCGCCUCACAAUCCCCUGCCAGCCGUCAUGCCGCCCAGCACUGCCGCCCAGCCAAAUCCCAACACGGCCCCCAUGACACCCCCAGUUUGUCGACCAUUCGGACAGGCGGGGCCAAACACACCUGGCCGGCCAUCGCAGCAGCACGGCGGAGCGAAGUAGACGGCACACAGAAAAGUGCGGCGGGCGGGCAGAGAGGAUGGGAGUGCGGAGGUAGCAAACGAGGUCUAGCUCACCGUGGCCGUCCCAGCAAGUGGAUGGGGCUGCCGACGUGCGGUGUGAUGUGUUGAGUAUAGAUGGGACUGUGUGUGUGCAGAUGGACUGACUGAUACACGUGAC